AUGAUGACACGCUUCUCAAAUAGGUUGGCCAUUAGCACUUCGUCCUUGGGGCUGCAUCCCUCCCACACCUUGGACCAGAAGAUUCAAGCGGCUGCCCAACAUGGCUUCGAGGGUAUCGAAAUCGUCUACGGAGACUUGAAGAUAUACAGCGACCGCAACAACCUGUCUGUGGCCGCCGGUGCCGAGCACAUCCGUCGGGCGUGCGAGAAUCACCGGCUUGCGAUCAUCGCGUUGGUUCCUUUCGAGAACUACGAGGGCAGUAAAUCGCCGCUUCGGGAUCGAUUGACCAUCGCGGGCCACUGGAUCAACAUCGCGCGUAUACUCCGAGCAGCCUACAUCCAGGUACCAUCGCAGUACAAUCGCGAUUGUCUCGGCGAUGAGAUCUUGAUCGUUUCGGAAUUGCAGCAAUUGGCAGACCUCGCCAGCGCCGCAGCACCUGUUAUCUCGAUCGCAUACGAGCCGAUGUCAUGGGGAAUCCACUAUCCGACCUGGGAAUCCUCGCUCCGACUGGCGGAACUCGUGAACCGAGACAAUUUCGGGAUUUGUCUCGAUAGCUUCCAUGUCGCGACCAAGCUGUGGGCAAGCCCCUUUGAGCCUUCGGGACAGUAUCCCAACGGCGCCCGUGAUCUCGCCGAGUCUCUACAUCGGUCAAUCACGCAAAUCCCCAUGGACAAGCUUUUCUACGUGCAACUAUCUGACGGUGAGCGAUUCGAUCCGCCCUUCUCGAAAGCGCAUCCUUGGUAUAUCGAGGGCGAGGCGCCUGAGUUUACCUGGUCCAAACAUGCUCGACCGUUUCCGCUGGAGACCGAACUGGGCGGAUACCUGCCCUUGGGCAAAAUAGUGCAGGCGUGGCUUAUCGACAAAAACUACACUGGCUGGGUGUCUCUGGAGACUUUUGACCGGCGGAUGCGCGAUGAGAAUUUUAGUCCAGAAACAGCGGCAGCCCGAGGCCAGGAUUCGUGGCGUAAACUUCAGGCGUUGCCAUUUGGAUCGGGAAAUAACAGCAAAAUCUAA